AUGGCUCCAGCGUACGAAUUCUUUACGGGCUUAAUCACUGCUACAAUCAAUAAGAAGAAAUCAACUUGCAUCGACUCCAGAUUCAGAUUGAACAACUCAACCCGUACUCUCAUUGCUCCAAUUUUUUGCGAAGCUAUCCAAUUCAGGUGUAUUGCAUGCUUAAUUAGAUUUUGUAUAUACUCAAUAAAGAUGAGACAGAGGCCUAAAGGUUCUUCUGAAAAGUCAAAUUCAUCUGUUCGUAACAGUGGUGAGGCAAUCGAUAAUGGAGAGGGAACUCCUUUGUAUGAUAACAAUAAGAAUGUGGUCGUGGUUGCUAAAAGGUCAUCAUAUGUGAUACUGGCAUUGUUUGUGCUGGUCAUAUAUGGGACUUGGGGUGUUUACCAUUAUCAGUAUGAGAGUUUGCCUGCGCCGCUUACCCUCGAGCAGGUUGGAAAGAGAGGUUUCUCUGAGCACGAGGCCAUGAAACACGUCGUAGCAUUGACUCGAUUAGGCCCACAUCCUGUUGGUUCUGUUGCUCUAGAUCGUGCUCUGCAGUAUGUCUUGGAAGCAUCAGAAUCUAUUAAGAAAACAGCCCAUUGGGAGGUUGAUGUGGAAGUGGAUUUUUUCGGUGCAAAAUCUGGUGCAAAUAAUCUGGUUGGUGGCCUUUUUAAUGGGAAAACCCAUGUUUAUUCAGACCUGAAUCACGUUGUAUUAAGAAUCUUGCCGAAAUAUGCAUCUGAAGCAGGAGAAAAUGCAAUUCUGGUCUCCUCUCACAUUGAUUCAGUUUUUUCAGCGGAAGGAGCUGGUGAUUGCAGUUCAUGUGUGGCUGUUAUGUUGGAGCUUGCUCGAGGAAUUUCUCAGUGGGCUCAUGGAUUUAAGAAUGCUGUUAUAUUUUUGUUUAAUACUGGAGAGGAGGAAGGUUUGAAUGGUGCUCAUAGUUUUAUUACCCAGCAUCCCUGGAGUGAUACAAUACAAAUGGCUAUUGAUUUGGAGGCCAUGGGUAUUGGAGGGAAGUCCAGUAUUUUCCAGGCGGGUCCUCAUCCAUGGGCCAUUGAAAACUAUGCUUUAGUAGCUAAGUAUCCAACAGCCCAAAUUAUAGCUGAGGAUAUCUUUUCUUCUGGUGCAAUAAAAUCUGCCACUGAUUUUCAAGUGUACGAAGAGCUUGCAGGACUUUCUGGUCUAGACUUUGCAUAUAUGGAUAAUACUGCAGUAUACCACACAAAGAAUGACCGGUUAAAACUUUUGAAACCUGGUUCUCUUCAACAUCUUGGAGAAAAUAUGCUUGCUUUCCUGCUUCAUGCUGCUGCCUCCUCCAAUCUUCCUAAAGGCAAGGGAGAAUCUACCCAGGAGAAAUCUAUAUACUUUGACAUUUUGGGAACAUACAUGAUCACAUUUCGUCAACGCCUUGCCAAUAUGCUUUAUAAUUCAGUGAUAUUGCAAUCUCUUUUAAUAUGGACAACGUCACUAUUGAUGGGUGGUUAUAUUGCAGCAAUAUCACUGGCCUUGUCAUGUUUGAGUGUCAUACUUAUGUGGAUAUGUUCCAUUGGUUUCUCCAUCAUUGUUGCCUUCAUUCUUCCCCUUGUAUCUUCUUCACCAGUGCCAUUUGUUGCAAGCCCAUGGCUGGUAGUUGGUUUGUUCGGUGCACCUUCUCUUCUCGGGGCAUUUAUUGGGCAUCAUGUGGGUUACCUUAUUCUUCAAUCGUACUUGUCUCGUACAUUUGUUGGAAGAAAGAGGAACUUGCCUACAAGUGUUAAAGCUGACGUGGCCAAGUUGGAUGCUGAACGAUGGCUCUAUAAAGCUGGUUUAUUACAGUGGCUUAUUCUCCUGACGGUGGGAAAUUACUACAAGAUUGGAUCUUCUUAUAUAGCUCUUGCUUGGUUAAUAUCACCUGCCUUUGCAUAUGGUUUGCUUGAAGCAACAUUAUCACCAGCAAGGCUGCCGAAGCCGCUGAAGACUCUGACCUUGCUGAUUGGCUUAUCUAUACCAUUCUUAAUCUCUUCCGGGAUGAUUAUUAGGUUGACAGCCACAGUUAUUGGAACAGCAGUUCGCUUUGUAAGGAACCCUGGUAGCACUCCCGAGUGGCUUGGAAACGUGAUAACUGCUUUAUUUAUUGCUGCUAUCAUAUGUUUGACAAUGGUGUAUCUAAUGUCUUAUGUUCACAUCUCAGGUGCAAAAAUGCCAAUUAUUUUUGCUACAUGCAUUCUGUUUGCAAUCUCACUUGGUGCAGUGUGGACGGGUGUUGUGCCACCAUUUAGUGAAGAUACUGCUAGAGCUGUAAAUGUUGUGCAUGUUGUGGAUGCAACAGGAACAUACAAUGAAAAACCAGUCUCAUAUAUCUCUCUAUUUUCAACGACUCCGGGAAAUUUGAUUGGGGAAGCUGACCAGAUUGGGGAAGGAUUUGUUUGUGGACGUGAUAGAUUUCAAGAUUUUGUUACUUUUUCUGUCAACUAUAGCUGUUGGACGGACAAGGGUUCUGAAACUGGCUGGGUUGCCUCUGAUAUUCCUGCAAUCCGUGUGGAAAAAGACACUAAAGAGGAGAGCAGAAUUACACAGAUCAUAAUUGAUACCAAACUUUCUACUCGCUGGUCUCUUGGAAUUAAUACCAAAGAAAUCGAUGACUUCCAGCUAAAAGAUGCAGACCUUUCCGAGGAAUUGAUUCCACUCGGUGAAAAGAGCAGUGUCAAUGGAUGGCAUAUCAUUCAGUUUUCAGGUGGACCGAAGGCACCAACCAAGUUCAAUCUCACUCUUUUCUGGAACAAAACCCGUGCUGCAAUUACAAGUGACAAUGAAAAGAAAGAGAAUCUGCUUUUACGAAUUAGGACAGAUAUCAACAGACAGACACCACAAAUCGAAAAAGAAGAACUCUUCGAAGGAGAGACCACUUCUCUCUUUGGAAAGUCUACGUCUCCCCACACAUUAGCUUUCUUGACUAGUCUACCAGUUGAUUUCUAG